UCUUCCUUGUUGAACCCACCAUCCAUCCCCAUCACUCUCACUUUCCUUUUGCCUUUCUUCCCAACUCUCCCUCUUUGAAACCAACGAAACCCCCUCACUCAUCACCACUCUCCAUAUGCUCCGGUGAAGAAGCUCCGCCGUCUUCCAUUGCUUCCAGCGCCGCUAAUCGGAAAGGAACCGGUCACCGCGGCGGCGUCAAGUUGGCAACCUCAGAACGUCGUCGUUCAAUUCCAGACUCCGUCCGGAUCCACCGAUUAUCAACUAAGAGGGAGGAGAAAACCUCCAGCGCAUUUAGACCGAGAAGCUCAACGUUUAGAAAAUGAAAAUAGGAAAAUGAAAACGAGUUUUAAUCGUUUUGAGAAAGUGUGAGAUUUUGGGAGAAAGAGAAAAACGUUUUCAGUUUUGAUUUUGGAUGGAUGCCGCUCCAAACGUAGUCUUCAGAUCGUUUCUAUUUUUUGUUCCUUGAAAAACGUUUUCAAAACUGAUUCCAAACGCGCCGCAUGGUUUCCUGGUUCGUUUUGCUCUAUUUCCUCCACUGUUGAAACUUGGAAGAACUCUGAUUUGCGUGUAAACGAUCCACCUCCAUCCCCAUUCCUUGUGUAGUAAUGAGAACUCAAUAGUGAGUAACAAUGGAGAAAGAGGCUCAACGUUCCGUGUCUUUACGCACAAACCGUAGAGGCGAGCGGAGUAAUCAAAACACACAUUCUAAUGAUGUUGAAGGUGGGCUUUUCUCUCCGGCAAAGCUGCACCAGGAUUACCCCCUCAAGAUUGUUUGGAAGAAGGGCUUCGUUAGGUUGUUUCUCGUUGGGGGAAUCUUGUGGAUGUUACUAAUACUUUUUGCAUCUUUGUUUCACAUCUGGUCCUGCCAAUCUUCUAUUUCAUUCCUCUCAGCGAUUUGUAACAAAGAUAGCAAGGUUUUCACAAUGUGGAGCACAAUAGGGCUUGUACCAAAACCACCACCUCAACACCGCUGUCCAAUUCCCGUGGCGGAUGACCCUGAGAAAAUUGUUAUUCCAGAGGGAAGAACUCCUGAAAAAAUUGUCAAAAAUUUAUCCUAUGUUAUGGAGGAUGAGAUUUCUAACAAUGGAUCUCAGAAUAUUCCACUGUUUGGAGGACAUAAAAGCUGGAAGCAAAGAGAGGAGAGCUUCAAGCUAAAACCAGCAAUGAAGGUCCAUUGUGGAUUUAUUAAAGAUGGUGGCGCUGAAAUGUCUGCCGUAGAUAUCAAACAUGUCAAGAAAUGCAGAUUUGUGGUUGCCUCAGGAAUUUUUGAUGGAUACGAUGUUCCGCAUCAGCCUUCAAAUCUAAGUCUCCGUUCGAAAAAGUUAUUUUGUUUCCUUAUGGUGGUGGAUGAGAUAUCUCUCAAAUUUAUAAAGGAAAAUGUUACCAUUACAGAGGACAAAGAUGGGGGGAAAUGGGUUGGUAUUUGGCGUCUCAUUCCACUGAAGCAUCCGCCUUAUGAUGAGCCAAGAAGGAACGGGAAGGUUCCCAAAAUAUUAACCCACCGACUGUUCCCUGAAGCACAGUACAGCAUUUGGAUUGAUGGGAAGAUGGAGCUAAUAGUUGAUCCACUGCUAAUUCUAGAAAGAUACUUAUGGCGUGGGAAGCAUACGUUUGCCAUUGCUCAGCAUAAGCACCAUCAUAGUAUAUAUGAAGAGGCUGAUGCAAACAAGCGAAGGAAGCGCUAUGCUCGACCUCUUAUUGAUCUCCAAAUGAAAAUCUACCUUUAUGAGGGAAUGGAACCGUGGAGUCCAAUGAAGAAAACAGUUAGUGAUGUGCCAGAGGGAGCGAUCAUCAUACGGGAACAUACCGCGAUGAGUAAUCUGUUUAGCUGUUUGUGGUUCAACGAGGUCGACCUCUUCACUCCAAGAGACCAACUGAGUUUCGGUUAUGUGGUGUACAGGCUAAAGGGUUUGUUUGAGUUCUUUAUGUUUCCGAAUUGCGAGUACAAUUCCCUGUUUGUGUUGCAUCCGCACAUAAGGGAGCAUUCUUCUAGGAUAGAGUGGGUAACGAGUUGGGAUCAGCUCAAGGGGAAUGCAAAGAUUUCGAACAAGGGUAAGGAUUGGGACCAAGCUAGCGGGAGCAAGGAUAAUUUGUUAGAGAGCAGGGGAGGAUUAGGCUUGUGGACUCCGUAUCCCGGGAAUCUUGAUGCAGUUGUCUUGCCCUAUGUAGUAAGAACAUCCAAAGCUGGCUGAGGUUCAAUUUUUUCCUCCUGGUUAAUGCAUAUUAACUUUUUCUUGAGAAUUUCUUCAAUGUUUCAUUUAUCGUCUCUGAGAAGAAGGCUAGAGAUGUUUGUUCUGAGUUAAGACGACAAUGGAGAGACGGGAUGUCAAGUUGAGGAACUCGGAGACUGAAACUGCCAGAAACCUCCUGUAUGACUAUGGACUGAAGGGUGAAGCGAAAAAAAAGAAAAAAAUAGAGGGAAUGAGUUUAUUUGGCAUCUGUUAACACGUUUGUAGAUUUUGUUCGUUUGUUUUUUUUUUUUUUUUUUUUAAGAAUAAGAAAAUAUGGAAGUUGCAACUUGUAAGUGCUUAUUAUUGGUUUGGGAAUGAAAAAAGGGCAGCAUCAUUUCA